CAUAAUCAUAUGACCACUGCUUGUAUUGUGACAUUGCGAUGUAGCUCAGCAGCUAUCAUUGUAGACGUAGCAUUUUUGUAGAAAAUUUGUAGAAUUUUUUUUCUUAUGGGCUAAAAUGAGCAAAAAACUGCGUGUCAAUGUUCAUCUAAAUCCGGCCGAAGUGCUUGGAAAAGAUCAGAAUAUUUCUAUCAACGUUGAAAAUAAAACAAGUUGGGCUGAUGUAAGCAAAUUAAUUAAAGAGAAAGUAAACAAUUCUCUGACUUCUUCACUUGCAUUUCAAUACUUGGAUGAUGAAGCUGAUUACAUCUCAGGUUGCACUGAGGAAGAAUGGCAAGCUGCAAUAGUUGAUGGUAGCACAACAUCAAGAGAUGAACUUGUUUUGCACAUAAAAGUACUUCCCAUUGAAGAAGUGACAAAGACAGCUGCUCAGCUCAAUAUUGAUGGCAGUAGCACUGAAUGCUGCUCUAGCGAUCCACAGUGUUGUUAUGAUAGACCAAUGCCUGAGAAUCCUGUUUAUGAUGGACGCAAGUUGAAGAAAGUGGUGAAUUCACAAUGCUCUGAAUAUAAAUAUGCUGAUGAAGCACUUAGAGCAGUUACUCUUCAUCUGGGGCCUAUAGGAGGUGGAUGCAUUGCUUUGGCAGGUGAUGGAGGAUUACGACAAUGGCAAGUGUCAAAUGAGAUCAAUCAUCUUGCUCAUGUACCUCACAGUUUCUUUGCUAUUAGAGUUGAUGAUGAGAGCUCCAACUGUACCAGGACUCGUGUUCUCCAGUCAAAUAGUUGUUAUGACUGUGAAGGAUUUGUACCUGCCCCUAUUGUCACUGAUCAUAUUGUUCCAGAAGCAUCCAAGGCUCUUCUUAACCGACUACCAGGUGUAAAAAGAAUUGAAAUCACUGCAAAAUACCCAAUUGCUGAAGUUGACAUACCAAGUAAUGAACUUCCUGUUGAUGUGCAUCUUGAAGCUUUCAAUCCGUGUAUUCCACACAAUACCAAGGACAGUGCAAUACCAAUGAUCAUUUUUAACUACACUGUCAAAAACCCAACUGACAAGAAGCUCAAGGUUACAAUGUUAUCUUCACUUCUCAACUUUGUUGGAUGGGAUGGCCUAACUGAGUUCAUGUGUGAGAAAUUUAUGCCUGGCACUCCUGGUGGAAAUACAAACACACUGUUCAGCUUUGGCGGACAGGUGGAUACGAAUGGCAUUCCGGAAUAUAAAAAUAUGUGUGGAUACUAUGGCUUGUACAUGAACAACUCAAAGCUCGAUUGCAGAUGUAGUACAAACGGGGAAUUAUCUAUUGGAGUUUUCAACAAGACAGGAGAUAUGUGUAAAAACUUGUUACAGUUCUCUGAUUGUUAUGAUGAAUGCAAUCUCGAUAAAAUGUGGAGCGAUUUUACGGGCAAGGGACUUUCUGGCAAAGGAAAGCCAGGAGCUUCUGAAGUAAACAAAACAUGGAGUGGUGCAAUCAGCUGUUGCAGGGAAAUUCCACCCAAUGAAUCUGAGACAUUUACUUUCGUUCUGUCGUGGCAUUUUCCCUACAGGUAUUGUAAGUGGGGACAGUGGUCACCACCAGCAGCGAACUCCAAAACUUGUUACUAUCUUGGUAAUUAUUACAACACCAUAUGGAAAGAUGUCCAUGAGGUUGUUACGUACACUGGUUCAAAUUUGGGAAGACUGACGACGCUAACUCGUACGUUUCGUGAUUGUAUGUAUGACUCUACUCUACCUUGGCAUAUGGUGGACAGUGCUGCUGGUAGACUUUCUGUUAUAAGAUCUCCAUCAUUUAUGUGGUGUGAGGAUGGGAAUUUGUACUGCUUUGAAGGCUGCAGUACAAAAUCAGGUUGCUGUCCCAUGAAUUGUACUCAUGUCUUGAAUUACGAGAUGGGCCUGGCAAGAUGCUUUCCUAGUCUUGAGCGUAAAAUGAGAAACAUUGAUCUCCUAGUCAACAUGGCGCCUAAUGCAAUCAUACCAAGUCGUACCACAAUGCCUGUUUGUUAUAAACGAGAAUGGGAAGAUUGGAACUGGUGUAAUAAAGAUAAUGUCGUCAACCUAAGUUCAACCCGAAUUUGUCUGGAUGGUGAUUUAGGGACGGUGUUGAAAGCGUAUCGCGAGAUUCGACAUUCAGCUCCUGAAGACUUUGUGAAAACAAUAUGGCCUAAAAUCAAAGCUAUGAUGAGUCGUUACAUGAAUGAACUCGAUAAAGAUAAGCUAGGCUUGUUGACUGGUCCUCAACCAUGUACGUAUGAUCGUGCAACCUAUGGUAUCGACACCUUCAUUGGAGGUUUAUAUCUGUGUGCAUUGAGAGCUGCUGAAGAGAUGGCUAAAUUAAUGGGCGAAAUGGAAACUGCUGCUGUUUAUCAUGCAAGGUUUCUUGUUGGCUCAAAAAAUCUUGAUGAAUACUGUUUUGUAAAUGGCAAAUGGUAUACACAAGUUACACCACAGCUUUAUCCAGUCCAAUCAUUGGGUUGUGGAACAUUUAUUGAUGCAUUGAUCGGUCAAUGGUGGUCAUAUUUUCUUGGUCUUGGUCCACUGCUUCCCGUUGAUCAUAUCAGGUCGCAUUUAAAAUACGUGUUUGAAAGAAAUCAUGUUGAGGAAUUUGACCCUGCGACACAGAAGCCUAGGAAAUUUUAUGACAAUCGGGAUGCAGGCUUGCACAUAACAUAUUGGGAUGUUGAAGCUGGUGAAAAAGUACCAAAUGACCCAUUACUGUACAGCUUUGAGGGUGCAUGGAGUGGGUUGGAGCAUACUUUUGCCGGCUUGUUAUUGUAUGAGAAAAUGCUCCCAGCUGCUUGUCAAGUGCUUGAAGAAUGUCGUCAGAAAUAUGAUGGAACAAGACGAAGUCCUUGGAACGAGAUUGAAUGUGGUGAUCACUAUUGUCGAGCAUUGGGGGCGUUCCUUCAUCUUGAUAUUGGAUCUGGAUUGAGUUGGGACAUUCUUGCUAUUGGCGAGGAAGCAAUAGAACUCAAUUUUGCGCCGUUAUUCAACCAUGAAAACUUCAAGAGUUUUUUUAUUGUCGCAUCAGGAUGGGGAUGCUUUUCUCAAACAAUUAGCGAUGGUUGUUCGAACAUAAAGUUGCAAGUUUCGCAUGGUGAGGCUCAAAUUGUAUCCUUGGGACUUGUGAUUCCAUUAUACACGUAUGCUGACGCGUUUCUUUAUGAUGAGAAACAAAAACAAAAAAUUCCAAUCAAGACAGCUAUUGCACAAGUAAAGGAGAAGAUUGUUUUGACAUUUCCGGAAGCUCCCACUAAAUUGUUUCCUAAAGGUAAGGAACAUGUCCUUACUGUUGUUGCUGGGAAGUCACUUGAAAUUUCUUUCCACAGUUGAGCAUUCAAGUCAUUUAUUGUAAUUUGUCAUGGGAUUUUAGUUGAAAAAUGUGAUUAUAUCUAUACUAUUUUUUUCCACUGGUAUUUAAUAGAUAAUACUAGUAAUAAUUAACGUACUUAUAAUCUUAUGUAGUAGCAUUACUUAAUCUUUUUCAUCAAAUCAAUGUCGUAAAUUGUUAUAACUUAAUUGUCAAAAUAAAGAAGGAAAGUAGAAUUAAAUGUUUUAUCAAAA